CGUCAGCUAAAAAAAUUAUUCUUUUUUUAUAUUCAUUGAUUUUUCUGCAUCUGUAAUAUCUUAACGUACGAUGAAGGGAUAUUUUCUGAUUUUAUUGAUCUCACUGGUGACUUUGGCUAUUGCAAACGAAAAGUAUACCAGAAAAUACGACGAUGUUAACGUGGACAAGAUCCUCGAAAAUAAUCGUGUUCUCACCAAUUACAUUCGGUGCCUAAUGGACGAGGGACCUUGUACUGCUGAAGGUCGCGAGCUGAGAAAAACUCUGCCGGAUGCUUUGUCGAAUAAUUGCAGUAAAUGCAACGAUAAACAGAAAGUUAUGGCGGAGAAGGUGAUAAAUCAUCUUAAAGCAAAACGAUCUAGAGAUUGGGAUCGUCUCGUUACUAAAUAUGAUCCACAUGGCGAGUACAAAAAACGCUACGAGAAGUCGUAAAUUCUUAAAAAUUUUUUAAUGUAAUUGCUAUUUUUAUAUGAGAAUAAA